GGGCGGUGCGGGCGGGGCGCGCUGCUGGCCUGCGCGGCGUGGACGGCGGGCUGGGUGCUGGCGGCCGCGCUGCUGCUCCGCGCGCACCCGGGCGUCCUCUCGGAGCGCUGCACCGACGAGAAGAGUCGGCGCAUCCUGGCCGCGCUGUGCCGGGAGUAUGAGGGCGGGGUGCUGGUGGGAGACCUCUGUGAGGACCUGUGCGUCGGGGAGAAGCUGCUGUACCAGCGCUGUCUGUACUUCGAGAGGGGCAAGAAGGUGCUGCAGGCCAACUGGCGCGGCCGGCCCAUCAUCCUCAAGUCCAAGGAGGAGGCCUUCUCCAGCUUCCAGCCGCUCGUUCUGCUGGAGGACGCGGCCGACGAGGGCGGCCAGGACUUCCCCGAGGCAGAGCUGCUCCUGCUGGUGGCCGGCGAGGUCAAGAACGCCCUGGGCCUGGAGCUGUCGGGCGGCAGCCUGGGGCCACUGUGGCCGGGGAGGCGCGGCCCUCGCUGGCGGGGCCAGCUGGCCAGCCUGUGGUCCCUGCUGCAGCAGGAGGAGUUCGUCCUCUUCAGCCUGCUGCAGGACCUGAGCCGGCACGCCCUGCCCGUGCUGGGCUCCUGCGGCCACUUCUACGCGGUGGAGUACCUGGCCGCCGGCAGCCCCCGCCACCGGGCCCUCUUCCCCCUGGACGGGGCCACGGGGGCCCCCCGGGGCGGCCGGGGCCAGGCCAAGGCCAUCAGCGACAUGGCGCUCAGCUUCCUGGACAUGGUGAGCCAUUUCGAGGACGACUUCUCUCACCGCCUCCACCUCUGCGACGUCAAGCCCGAAAACUUUGCCAUCAGGAGUGACUUCACGGUGGUGGCCAUCGACGUGGACAUGGCCUUUUUUGAACCCAAAAUGAGGGAAAUUCUCGAGCAGAACUGCACAGGAGAUGAAGACUGCAAUUUCUUCGACUGUUUCUCAAAGUGUGAUUUGCACGUCAACAAGUGUGGAGCAGAAAGAGUUAACAGUAACCUGCAGGUCAUCUGUGACAAGAUAUUCCGCCACUGGUUCUCCUCGAGUCUCUGGAGCUCGGCCCUAUCCUUCCCGCUGCAGCGGCAGUUGCGGGAGGCGGUGCAGGAAUGCGCGGACCCCCCGCGCACAGCGCGCAGCCCCCCGAGAGCAGCCCCCGACGUGUUCUGGAAGCUUCGGCACCUCCUCCGAGCCACGCAGAGGGAACUGCAGGAGGCAGAGAAGUAGCCGCCGCUGUGGCCUUGGGCGGGUCCCCUCGGGUUGGGUGUUGUGGGGGAGACAUUCCCCUGGGCCAGCGACCGCCCCCGCGGGUGUCCCCACGCUCUUCUGUGGAGCGAGUCGCUAAUGCUCUGUGGACUCAGAGCUUUCACUUUUGCAGCCUCUCAGUCAGGAGAAGGCGCAGACCCGAGGAGCCGUUGCUCUGAGGAGCG